UUAUAGUCUGAAGAAAAAGAGUGACGUUUAUAUUUCAUAUGUUGAAUGUCGUGUGAGUAUACUCGCGGUAUUCGAAUUUGCAGCAUCAGUUGCACAGCGAUGAAGUGUCGUUCCAGUCUCGCGUCCCAGACAUUAUUCCGAUAGUGAUCGAGGUUUAUCGAGACACUUUGCCGUUAUGGAAUUUUCAUGGGCGCUGCAGCAUCAAUCCAACGGUCAGAAUGGACGGAGUAAUGAUCAUCAUGAGGACGCCAAUAUCAUGAGUCAAGUGAAUACUCGCCGAUUACUCGGUGUGACAGGUCGUGGCGAUUUCGUCGGAGGGAUAGACAAUGAAGCCUUGGACUUUUCGCAAUUGGAGGACUUUAUCAAUAGUGACAGCGAACAGGUUGCAACAUAUUUCGCGGACACCCUCGCCCACAACGAGAAUGGGGGUGGAACGGCGGGGCCUCACGGUGGUCGGAUCGAACCACCUACGCCGCAACCGGUCGCUCAACAGCAGCCACCACCGCGAUUACCGUCGCCCCAGAUGACACAGGCUCAUCCAGUAUCGAUAGCGUGUGCUUCCGGUACCACGACGGUGCCUAAUAACAACGGCAACUACAAAGACCCGCAGUCGUACGUUCAUCCACACGCGCUACCGGAAAGUCCACCGGAUAGCGGAAGCGAGCCACCGUAUUCACCGCCGGGACACAAUGACGCUCAACACGUACAUUCACCACAUCAGAAAGCAGCUCUGCAGGAGAUACUUUUACAUCAUCAGAACAACCAGUACGCUCCCAAUCUAUUGCCACCUUCUCCGAGAGCAUUGUCUUCGGCGACCACGGAUCCUCUGCUGUUAACGCCGGUUUUAACGCCUCAUCUUACAUCGGAACAUCUUACAGGAACAUCGAAUCUUCCAGCACAGUCUCAGAUAGGACCGCCGUUGAUGCCGUUGCCGCACGAACACAGUCCGGCUGGCAUCAAUACGCUGUACUCUUCUCUACAAUCGGCCCCCAAAAAGCGAAAACUCAGCCAAGAUGGCCUCAUUCAUGUCAAACAGGAACCGGAGCUGGGUACCGUGGAACACAGUUGCAGCAGCAGUAGCGCGGCGUUGGACAACGAUGAAGUCGCCGACAGCAAUUACAUCGAUUCCAGUUAUCAGUGCAUCCGGUUCCAUCCUUUCCAACAAACGUCCUGGCACGCCCUUUGCGAUCAUAAUCUCAAGGAGUUACCGGUGCCGCAUUACAGGGUAGACGCCGACAAGGGAUUCAAUUUCAGUAAUUCAGACGAUGCGUUUGUUUGCCAGAAGAAGAAUCAUUUCCAGAUAACGUGUCACGCGCAACUUCAAGGGGAGGCUGUAUUUGUUAGGACCGGCGAAGGACUGAAAAAAAUAAGCGGCUUUCAAUUACAUUUUUACGGUGUCAAGGUGGAAUCUCCGUCGCAGACUAUCCGGGUCGAACAGAGUCAGAGCGACAGAAGCAAGAAACCAUUUCAUCCCGUAACGCUGGAAUUGGGCGGCGAACGUGUUACAAAAGUGACAGUCGGUCGUCUGCAUUUUAGCGAAACGACAAGCAAUAACAUGCGCAAGAAAGGAAAACCGAAUCCGGAUCAGAGGUAUUUUCAUCUGGUCGUUGGAUUGCACGCCCACACCGCGGAUCAAGCCAGCUAUCAAGUAGUAGCUCACGCGUCAGAACGUAUAAUCGUCAGGGCGAGUAACCCGGGACAAUUUGAAUCGGAGGGCAGUGGCGCGGGUGCUGAAGGUGGAUGGCAGAGAGGGGCAGUUCCGGAUAGCGUGUAUCACGCCGGCAGAGUUGGUAUCAAUACCGACAGGCCGGAUGAAGCUCUCGUCGUGCACGGCAAUAUGAAGGUAACGGGUCACAUCGUUCAACCCAGCGACGUCAGAGCGAAGCAGAACGUCCAAGAAGUGGAUACGCGCGAGCAGUUGCGAAACGUCCAGCAACUGCGCGUCGUUCGUUAUCGAUAUGCUCCGGAAUUCGCGCAGCAUUCGGGUCUGGAUGUCAAACAGGAGGACACUGGCGUUAUAGCGCAAGAGGUUCAGCAGAUUCUACCGGAAGCCGUGCUGCCGGCCGGCGAUAUAGUCCUACCGAAUGGUCAAAGGAUCGAAAAUUUCUUGGUGGUGAAUAAAGAGAGAAUAUUUAUGGAGAACGUCGGUGCCGUCAAGGAAUUGUGCAAGGUGACAGACAGUCUAGAAACGAGAAUAGAUCAAUUAGAGAGGAUAAAUAAGCGACUAGCGAAACUGAAAAGAGGCGACAGCCUAAAGAGUUCCAUUAGCACGGUGUCCAGCAUAUCGGGCAAUAAAUAUUCAUCCUCUAUCAAUAACAAGCCGCCCUUGCACGGAAAAACAAAGAGGCUCGAGCGGGAGGAGGAACUACUCUGCAGUAACAAAUUUAUUCAGAUUAUCAUCGUCAUACUUAUUCUGAUUAUGGCGUUUUGUCUAGUUGCGAUGGCGACUCUAUACUUCUUGGAAUAUCAGAAACGCAGCAGCAUCGAAUGGUCCACUAUGGCGAGUAACGGAAUGCUGGCUAUCGGUCCGGCUCAUCCACCGACGAUUUCCACCACCACUAAUUACGAACAUCGAUACAAUUCGUUGCUGCAUAGUACAUUGUCGCCAUUAUAUAACAAGCACGGAUCUUAUACAAGGGGAUUAGACGGGGGAUUAUCCGUCAAAAGUAAUUCACUCACCACGCCGCCACCGCACACGAAGCAACAAUUAUACUCUCAGGAGAUAACGUGGUAUCCGAUAAGCCAUCCAGGUCCUCAACCUAAGCACGAGAAAAAUAACGAAUUCCCGGGAAACUGGCUCAGCAAGAAUGGCGCGGGCGCUGUGCCCAGCAACGUGGAUGAAAACGAGCAGGGUUCGGAUGUGGAUUCCUCACCCACUAAUAAAGGUCCGAUUCCCUUGGGAAGACCCGAGGAAUGUCCUUCGCACUUCACUGAGCUCGAAAGCCCAUGUCAGAUAUAUUGCUGCACAACUGACAUUCAUCAAUUGGAAGAUUCUCAACCUGAUCAUCCACCAGAAAAGAAAUCCAUCUCAGAUCAUCUGGAGCAGCCACUGAGUAUGCCACACGAGGAGAAACGAAAAUUGAGUAAAGGUUUUCAAAACGGCAUCAGUCCGUCUGAUCCUAGCACUCAAACUCUUGUGAAAGAGACCAAUUAUAAGUAUUUACAUAAACGGGCACGACGAGAAACCGGUGGUGGAGAUUGGGGUGAAGUCGCCAGCAAUGCCGCAGGAUCAUUACCACCAGAGCCCAGGCCGCAAUUGUUCAUAGUGGCAAAAAAUUUCAAUACCUCUUUGGAUCAAAGGUAUUGCUCCCCGUCAUCGCCGGACACUCCCAAUAACAUCAGUUGUAUCGUACCUUUGUCGAAGCAUAUGCCGGACACACAUUUGACGUUACAUUUUGUCGGUAUGCCGUGGUACUGGCAGAUCGUGCAACAGUGUUCUGUCUCAUCAAAUCCCGGUAUCGACGAGACAGUGGUAUGCGGCUGGAGCUAUACCAUGCAACAGCAAGCUCAAUAUAUCGAAAAUAAUAGUCAGCCGGGUGAUCAAUCCUUUCCUCUUGACGUCGCUCAUUAUCUCAGGAAGACUUUGAAGUUUCGAAUACCUACGAUACAACCGCAAGAGAAUAUUUGCAAAAGCAAGCACGGCGUCGAUUAUCUGGAAUUUACGUUGCACUUUUAUCGAGACUGCGAAGAACAAUGAAUCUUCCUUCCUUGUACAGUAAACCUUGUAGAAAACUUACCAAGUUUUUAAGAAAGAAUCUAACGACCGUUAGAUUUUUCACUCUGUAUAAGAGUAAAAGCCUUUGUGCCUUUGUAAUCUGUCCUCUGCUUUCAUAGCUUAGAAUACACUUGUAUUUUACAUAUCAUCACAUAUUGCAUUUUGCAGUAUAUAUUGGUUACUGAUAUCUAUAUAAACGUAAAAUAUACAUGGUUAAUUCUAGUUAACAUAGCGCGUGUCACAUUGCGCAUGAAAUUUCUUUAGGUAUAUGACAUGCACGCAUACACAUAAUGCGAUUACUUGUUCGUCGCAAAAUGGAUAACAAUAAUGACAAACGAAUAAUUGAAUAGUGGUUGAUGGGUGCAUCAUUUCUAUUUUUGCGUAUAAGCUUUAUGCAUUUUUACCAUGUGUUUUAUGACAUAAUUAUUAUUUUAUUGCCUUUUAAAUAUAUAUGAAAUUGUAUUGUAUUGUGUAUGUGUACAUAUAUACACAUGUGCAUUAUAAAAUGUAUAUAUAUGUACACAUAUUAAUACAUAUAUAUAAAUUAAUUUUAUACGCCCAUCAACUUGCUGCAUCUUCUAAUUUAUUAUAUUAAUAGUUUUCUUUUACAGCUUAUAAUUUCAAGCUGUUUUAUGAAUAUAUACUUUUACAUCUAGCAGAUAUCGUUUACGUAAUUGAUAUAUUUUCAUUUUUUAUACUGAUUUAUAUCAAGAUCGCAUUUGUAUAAAACAUAAUAAUUGAAACUAUUAACAAUAUUCUAGAUAUAUUCACGACGCUAAACAACAUCCUAGUAUUUAAGUUGUAAAAAGUCGUAUAUAUUUGCUAUAUAUAAUAUAAUUAACUUUGUUUCGCUAUUAUGUACAAACAACACUCAUUGAACGUUUAAUGUUAUUAUAUGUUAUAUGACACUGUUAUUCAAAUAAGAAAACAAUUUAUCGUUGAUUUUUAAUAAAUUAUUUUUAGUUUGAGCGUCUCUCUUUCACAGUAGAAGAAAUUGCUCAGGCAUUUAAUUAUUUUAGUAUUUUCAUUUGCAGUACACUUUCUUUAGAUUAUAUAUCACAUUAUAGAAUCGCGAGUUCCUAAAAAUAUUGUAUAAUAAAUGUUUUAUGCAAAUAUAAGCGAAGUGCGCGCGUGCGUAAUAAUAUACGCAUAUUCUUAUACGGAUAUUCUUUGCCACAGUUAUAUUAAAAAUAAUAAGAAUACACGCAUGGAUAGUUUAAUAAAACAACUGUCGAAAACACUCAUGAUUAUGUACGCAUGCUAAUUAUUAUAAUUUUGUACAACAGAAUAUAAAGGAUCACGCGAGUUAAUUUAAAAACUUUCAGUCAAUAAUAAAGAACAAUAUAUAAAAAUAUAUGUAUAAAUCAUACAUAAGUGAGUGACGUUUGAACUCGCCUCAUGGUAUAUAUGCGCACUUUUAUUAUUGAAAUAUGGAUCAUAUGAAAUUAUCAAGUCGACAUAAACAAUUUUGAAGUUGUUUAAAUUUACGAUAAGGUGCCCUUGCCGUCCACGUAUAUUUCCUCUAUGGGAAAGAAGGUAGCUUACACAGAAAUAUAAUUUAUCGAUUGGUUAUUUGUACCAUAUACUCGGAGCUCAGUGCACAAACUUGUGAUGUAUGUAGAGAAUUUAGAAUCUGAAUAAUUAUUAGUAGAUAUAUCGCUACGUUAUAGACAUAUAUGUAUAUGGAGAAAGAGAAGAAGAAAGACAGAGAGGAUUGUAUAAAUUAUACUUUGUUGUACAGUAAUAAUACAUUUGUCUAUAAUUACAAAAACAAAUAGCGAGUAUAAUAUAAGAUAUUGCUAAAUAAGAUUUGCGAAUUUUAUUUAUAGACUUGAUUUAUGUUGAUACAGUAUAUGUUGAUACAGUUAUGUUGAUACAGUAUACUCAGAUAAAAAUCUCAAAACUUAUUGUUCUGGGUAAUUGCAAAUAUGUAUCACACAGGGUAUAUGUAUAUCAUAGCGUCGUUUACACAGUAUGAUAAAGAAAAAGAAAUAAUUUGGGAUAAUAACAUGGAAAGAAAAUAUUACAUGAAACGUGGAAAUUAUAUCCGUACUUGUGUAG